AAAUAUUUAUUAUUCACAAAACAGACUAAUAUUAUAGAACCAGAACCGUGACCGUCGCCGAUAAUUUUAAUAUUAUUUCCUUCUUUCUUUUUUUCUUUCCUUUCAUGGCUAAACCCCACGGCUUUCCGGAGAAACAAACAUGGGGUACAUGGGAGGAGCUUGUACUUGCCUGCGCCGUUCAUCGUUACGGCAGCGACAGUUGGGACUCCGUUGCCGUGGAACUCCAGAAACGAACUUCCACGCUGCAACAACCCCUCUCCUUUACUCCCCUCUCUUGUCAGCAGAAGUUCCAAGACCUUAAACGUCGUUUCUCUGUCGGCGGCGACGAUGAUAAGACUCCUAAUAAUAACAUCUCCACUAAUAUCUCCAUUCCUUGGCUCGAUGAGCUCCGAAAACUACGCGUCGCUGAACUACGCCGUGAAGUCCAACAAUAUGAUCUCUCCAUCGUAUCCUUACAAUUGAAGGUGCAGAAAUUGAAAGAAGAGAGAGAACAGAGCUUGAUAGAGAACGGAAAAGAAACUGAAAAAUCGGAUCUGGAGAGAGAGAAGGGAAGCGAAAAGAUGGAAGAAGAGAACGAACCGGAAGAUAAAACCCGAAGACCGGUUCAUAGCAGGGAAGAGUCCGACCGGGAGAAUCAUUCGGUGAACGAAUCUAACUCUACAGAUCCUAAGGAAAAGAGUCCGGGAACCGGGAUGAAAGAGGCAAAAAUUGAACUGGAACCGUUCGAACCGGAUGGAGAUGAUGCGGGGAAGGUGGCGCAGAGCGUGAAGCCUGCGGGAGGAGAUUCGUGCAACGGGAGCUCCGAUAGUGUGACAAAGGAAUCGGCCGAAAACUCGGAGCGAGUUGACCCGAGGGAAACAGGUGACUCGCCAGAGUCAGUGGCCGAAUCGAAGCGGGAAGAACCUAACAGAGAGAGCAGCGAUGUCCAGAGCACGGCGAGCUUGUCGGGCAAGGAAAAGAAAAAGGCUGAACCGGAUAAACCGGACCAUGGGGAGUUGGACCAAUCUCCCGCCAUGAAGGAGGUGUCCGUUGAAUCUCAGCCGUUGGUACAGUUUCUCGAGAUCUUCCGUUUUCAUAAGAUCGGCUCCCUUUUCGAACGCCGACUCGAAAGCCAGGAAACACCGGAUUACCUAAACUUGAUUCGGCAACACCUGGACUUGGAGACUAUACACACGAGACUGGAAGAAGGAUGGUAUUCAGGAUGCAAGAGCAAGUUCUUUAGAGACUUGCUCUUGCUUUUAAACAAUGACAUCCUUUUCUUCAGCAAGGAAUCCUCUGAAUUCGCCUCUGCUAUCGAGCUCCGACGACUUGUCUCGAAGGAGAUCGCAACCCAGUUUCCUAAUCCGAGCCUAUUGCCCAAAGAACACUCGUCUACGCUGCCUGAAUCCCAGACGCCUUUGAAACCAGAACCCGAACUGUCACUCUCCUUGACAAUGAAAACUAAACUGUCAGUCCCACUGAUUGCGAGCCGCAAACGCAGCUCGAUUGCUGCAAAAUCCUCAACCUCGUCUUCUGGACAAGAGAAGAAAAGGCAGCCCACCUUGUCGUUGAUGAAUGAGAAACCAGCUCUGGAUUGGAAGCAGAAUAAAUCCGCUGAGGAAACUGUGGUAACGAAGAAGAGAACGAAAGAAAGAUCCGCUCCGGGUGCCGAAAAAGCAAGCAAAAAAUCAAAGGCUCAGAAUAAUACGAACACGAACAAGAACAAGAAUUCAGAUUCCAAUGCCACCACUGCUGCCGUUUCGAGCAAAGGCGGAUCAUCGAAUGAGAACUCGGAAUCCAAGGGUGAAAAGGAGAAGACCAACACGAAUGUGAGUUCGAAGAAGAAGAGCGUAGCUAAUUUCUUAAAUAGAAUGAGGGAUAACGGGGUAUCGACGGAGACACUACUGAAGGGUUCCGAUAACAGCAAAGGAGGAGAUGCUGGUAAGCAGAAGAAAAUCAGCAGCAGCAAAGGCAAUCAACAAAAGGGUCGAAGUUCGACACCACGGACACGGUCUAGUGGAAAAAGAAAAAAAGAGAAGGCAAGCCCAGCAGCGAAGAGGAGUACAGGACGACCGCCGAAGAGAGCGGUGUCUCCAUCAGCCGCCAGCCAACCGUGUGCCGGUAAACGGGGCAGGGAAGUUGAGAACGAUUUAGGUGGUGGAUAUGCAAAGAAGCGUUCAAGAAAAUGAAGAGUUCGAGUCAGUCAUUUUGGUUUGUAUUCUUGUAAGAUUGUUGAGGGGGCAUAGGGAGUUGGAUUAUAUUUUG